UAUUUUUACAUCCAACGUAAUUUAUGAAUAUUAUAUAAACACUGCGUAACUUUUGUCAUAAAUAUUAACCAGAUAUCAUUUAGUCCAAGAGGAAUAAUUUAAGCUAUGGGUUUCGACACAGACCGCUUAAGAAUAGUCAGUAUGAACGCUACGGGGCGGAAGGGAAGGCAGUAUUACGACUUCCGACAGUCCAAUUUACGGCAGCUGGUGGAGAAUGAGAGUCCUGAUAUAAUGUUCCUGCCGGGAGACAAUCCAGGACCUGAUACAUUUACACAUACCAGUUAUCAACAACUACUGGACCCCACCAACAACGAGACGGUCCUCCUGUACGAUUCCACACGACUGAAGGUCCAUCAGCGACCGAAUGAGCCACAGUUCACAAUCCCUAACUGUGAUUUUGAUAAAGUUCUGACUCCCAUUGUGGACAUUUACUCACCGGCGCCGGCACAGAACAUUGUUAAGCGAUUCAUCUGCGUCUCCUGGCAUUGGGAACUGACUGCCACUGGAGGAUCACAGGUUUUAUACGAAAAUGGACGAUCCUACAUGAUGUUUGCUCAACUGCUCGCCUGGUUCACUGGUAACGAAGUUUUGAUUGGAGGCGACUUUAAUUUGCCGUUGACCAAAAUCAACGAACUAAUUAAAGAACACAACAGUCUGGUACAACAAGGCAUCGACAGCUUAAAACCCAUUUUCCAGCAGCUUGGUUACAUGGAUUGCAUGACCGAAACAAUACAUCGGCCCGAACGAAGGCUGCGACAACUACGACUUCAUAAAUGUAAGAGUGCAAAUACAACAGAAACAAAUUUCUUUGUGGCCUCUAAAGAGAUGCAACUGUUUGAGACCAGGCAUGUCAAAAUGGAGAGUCUGUCAUAUCGCUGCGCCGGGCUUCAGCUACAGACGAGAGUGGAGACUGAUUACUGUCCAGAACCGACUUAUACCAAAACCCAGAUGUACAUCCCGCAAAGGCCCCCAAAACACAAUGGCGGAUAGAGAAAUGGAGAUUUAAAAUUUGAAAGCGAUUUGAGAGUUAUUUACUAUUUAUUUUGUACAAUUAAUUAAUCCGUAUGUGUCAUGUAAAUUUUGUUUGCAAUUUAAUCUUUCUAUUGGCUAUUUAAUGGAAAAUAUUUUGAUCAUAAUUAAAGUCAUGUUAACGAC